GGCGGGCCAUGGCGGCGUUCUGGCAGCAGCGGGGCCGGCGGCAGGAGCACGGCGGGCUGGGCGGUGUGCUGGACGGGCUGGGCAGCGUGUUCGAUGUGCUGCUGGCCAAUGCCAGGCUGGUGCUGGGCGUGAGCGGAGCGGCCGUGCUGGCCAUCGCCACGCUGGCCGUCAAGAGGCUGAUCGACCGAGCCACCAGCCCUCGGGAUGAAGGUGAUCCCAAAGCCGAGCAGAAGACUCUGGAGGAGACCUGGCAGGACUUGGCCUUGAUCAAGACAACACCAAAAACCCCCAAGAAGCAGAGGAGGGAAGACCUCAGCGAGCCCCUGCUCUGCCCGGCUCGGCCGCUGGUGCCGGAUCCUAGGGCGUGCCCUGCCCCUCUGGGGGCUCCUCGGGUGAAGUCCAGCCCUCUGCGCUGCCUCACGCUGCAGGAGAGGCUCCUCUCCCACCACAGCAGCCGCCUGGCCGUGCCUGAGAUCCAGGUGUCCCUCGUCCCUCAGCUGGCCAGGAGCAUCAGCACCCAACUGCAGAACUUCCUGCGGAGCAAGUGCCCAGAGCUGCCCUUCAGCCGCCUCUUCCUCAGCGGAGCCCUCCUGGACGGCCUGGAGGUCCUGGCAGCCGACCACAUCCACCUCAUGCUGCCCGUGGUCCUCGACGCCGGGCUCUGGAGCCUCAUCCCAGGAGAGGACACCGUGGUGAGGAACCCCCAGUACUGGAUGAUCAAGAGGGUCGAUCUGGGGUACUUCCCCCGUGGGUGCAGCCCCUGGGACAGGUUCAUGGUGGGCCGGUACCUCUCCUCCAACGUGCUCAACGAGACCCUCCACAAGAUGCUGGUGGCCUCCAUCAACUGGCCUGCCAUCGGCGGCCUGCUGGGAUGUGCCAUCCACCCCGUCGUGGCCUCCCGGGAGCUGAAGCUGGAAGUGAAACACGAGCAGGUCGAGCUGAGCAUCACCCUCUUCCCGCUGGUGGAAAUGGAGGACAAGGUUCUUCUGGCUGUUCCUCCCGAGGGACUGGUGGAGAACCUCUGGCUCGAGAGCUUUUACAGGGCAGAGGUCUCGAGGGUGAAGGAGCUGGACGCCGGUGACUCCGGGGCUCGGCAGCGCUGCCUCCGCCUCCUGAACGGCGUCUGCAGGAGCCACCCCACCCUGCACAAACUGGGGGGCAGCCCCGUGACCCACGUCAUCCUGCACCUCAGUGACUCCGGCUCCGACUGGGCAGAGGAGAGCCUGGCCGACAGGUUCCAGCAGGUGCUCGAGGAGCUGGUGGCCUACCUGGAGAAAGGGGUCCUGCCUUCCUAUUUCAACCCCAAAAUCAACCUGUUCUCCGGGCUGUCGGAAGAGGAAAUCGACGAGAUGGGCUUUGUGCUCUACAGGGCCAUGUCUGAGCCGGAGCUCCUGCUGGAGUGACCGGUGCGUUGGGAGCUCCCGGACGUGGGAUGUUCCUCACCCGCCUGCUGCUCCCCGCUGUGAGGGCUGCCAUGCUUCUAGUUGACUAGUCAGUAAGAGGCAAAGUUCUUGCACUUUAUGAGGAGAGAAAAAAAAAAGAAAUGGUUCCUGUGUGAAUAAAACGUGCUUGAGCAGAGGUGGGUGCUGGCAGCAGGAGCCUUUGGCUGGGAGGCUCUGCCAGACCCCCGGGGCCAGGGCAGCCCAAGCCUGGAGUACCCACAGGUGAGUCCUGUGUGCUGGGAGCCCAGGGAAGCAUGUUUACUCUCUGGUUCCCGGUGUCCUCUGCCUGUCCCAGCUGUCAGGCUCCCCCUGUGCUCCCAGACCAGCUGGAGCUGGAGGGGAGCAGCUCCUUCCUGCUGCUGUGUCCUGCAGACCCCUCAGGUGCGGCGCCCUGGGUGGGUCCUUUCACCAGCACUUGGACUCACUGUGCCAGCACGUGGGACAGGCCUCACCUGCCUGGAGGGUAUUGCCAACCCAAAAUAUGCCCUGUGGAUGACCUGGGUGGUUGUCUGGGCACUGGGUGGUACAGCCAUAGCAAAAUGGGGCUGGGGGUUUAUCCCUUUCAGCUGCCAAAAGGAGCGAGCUCAGCUCUACCUCUUUGUUCCCCCCGAGGAAGGGGUUUGCUUCCAGCACGCAGCUGGGGCUUCAUGGCUCUUUCCCCAACACAGUGUUUUGCUGGAAGAUGUCCUGAGAAAGAGCUGCUGGCUCUGGGGAGGCUCCUGGUGUCAGUGCCCUGGAGGCUGCAGCAGGGCUGUGUCCCCUCCCCGGCGGGUGGGUGGCUGCCAGUGUCUGUCUGUGGGUACAGCGUCACUGCCAGUCUGUCUGGUCACCUUUUCACACAUGUAUUGCUGCUGUCUUGAGGUCCUUUUUUUCCCUGGAGCCCCAUGGAAUGGGGUGGGGAAGCAGGGCAGGAAUGCUGCUGUAAGCAGAGUGCUUGCAAGAACUGAAGUGGUUUAUGCUUUUUAUUAAGAAAAUAUGUUUUGUUUGGGUAUUUUGUUGGUUUGGUUCUUUUUUUUUCCUGUGAGUGGCUGCUAGUAGGGUUUGGUCUGGCUCUAGUCCCAGGGCAAAGGAAUUUAUUCUUAUAUUUAAUGGGAAGAGCUGGUUUUGCACGAGGGUGGAGCUGGAGAAAUCCUGUGGACUUCAGCGUGAGCAGCUGUUGUGGUUUAAUUUUCUUUACAGCUAUCAUCUUGUUUAUGGGGGGAAAAAAACCUGCUUUUCCUCCCUCUCUGAAGAUUACUUUGUUCCUCCAAACCACUUCCCAGGUGUUAGUGAUGAGAAUAAACCUUCCCUGUGCACUCU